UCCCUACUCCUAUCAAAUGGAUCAACCACAGCUAAAGAAUAUCAAAGUCCUCCGGCCAAUAGCUCUCAUCCUUCUCUUCAGCUUAUGCUCCUUGCACGCCUACUCCGCACUAGCUGCCGCUGCUAAUGAUCCCAUCCUACCAAACAUUGCCACCGACAAGCUAGCUCUCCUUUCCUUCAAGUCACUGCUAUCUGACCCUCUUGGAGCCUUGGCCUCCUGGAGAAACGAAUCCCACAAUCACUGUAGGUGGUUGGGCGUCACUUGCGGUCGGCGACACCCACAAAGGGUCACGGCUUUGGACCUUGAUUCUCUUAACCUCACGGGCAUCAUAUCACCCAACAUAGCCAACCUCACCUUUCUUAGGAGAAUCCAUUUCCCGAAUAACCUACUCAACGGGCACAUCCCACAAGAGCUAGGUCGUCUCUCUCGACUUCAGUACCUUAACCUAAGUAUGAACUCUCUUGAAGGUGAAAUCCCGUCCAAUCUUGGCCAGUGUUUGAACCUCCAAACCCUUAGUUUAGAUUACAACAAACUCAGCGGAGAAAUCCCCACCGACUUCAGCUCUCUUCGAAAGCUCGACACCCUCUUUCUAAGCAAUAACAAUCUCACAGGCUACAUUCCUCCUCUGUUGGGACGUACCCCAUCACUCACCUUGGUUGAUCUUUCAGGCAAUCGUCUCACAGGAGGCAUUCCACCAUUCCUGGCCAAUAGCUCAACCCUCAAUGUUCUUUACCUAUUUGAUAACAACCUUGCUCGAGUAAUCCCACAAUUGCUAGGAAAUAGCUCUUCUUUGUAUGCUCUUGAUCUAUCAAACAAUAACCUCACUGGCGAAAUUCCACCCAUGCUAGGCAGCAGCCCAAUUGCAUAUCUUAACUUAGCAUACAAUAGUCUGACAGGAGGCAUCCCUUCCUUGCUAGGAACUAGCUUAUCCCUUCAAUAUCUUGACCUAUCAAUGAACAGUCUCACGGAAGAGAUCCCAUAUUCAAUAGGGAUCAGUCUGUCACUUGAACAUCUGGAUCUGCAAUCGAAUAAGCUAUCAGGUAGCAUCCCUCAAUCAUUUGGUAACAGUUCAUCCCUAGCCUUUAUCAAUCUAGCAAAGAACAAUCUGAUGGGAGGUUUGCCACCUUUCUUAGCCAUCCCCUCGAGCCUUUCUUUCCUCGGGCUGUCUAUGAACCAACUUUCAGGAGGCAUCCCGUCUUCAUUGGGGAACAUCUCCUCUCUCCAGUAUCUUUAUCUUGCCAGCAAUAACUUGAUGGGAAGCAUUCCAGAAAGCCUAGGCAACAUCCCUGACCUACAAGAGUUGGAUCUGACCUUCAACAACUUGUCUGGCCAAAUCCCAACUUUUCUUUACAACUGCUCGUCGCUCACCUAUUUCGGUGUGGGGAGCAAUAGGCUCUCCGGGACACUUCCACCAAAUAUGGGCCUCACUCUUCCUAACCUCCAAAACUUGGUCAUGCAAGGGAACCAAUUUCAUGGACCGAUCCCAGUUUCAUUAUGCAAUGCUUCUGGGCUUCAGAUGCUUGAUCUUUCCAAUAAUUCAUUCAGUGGAUUAGUGCCUUCCAAUCUGGGAUCCCUACAAAACCUGAGCGAUCUGAACAUCGGCUGGAAUCAGCUCCAAGCCCAUGACUGGAGCGUCUUCUCUUCUCUGACUAAUUGUAGCGUUUUGGAGACAUUAAUCUUGGCCCAAAACAAGUUUGAGGGCCGACUGCCUAGUUCGGUUGGCAAUCUCUCCACACAGCUUGCAUGGCUAUCGAUUGGGGACAAUCAAAUAUCCGGGCCCAUUCCUGCAGAGAUAGGGAAUCUUGUUAGCCUAACUGUGCUUUUCCUAGAUCGAAACCUUUUCAUGGGAGAAAUUCCAGAGACCAUAGGAAAGCUUCAGAACUUACAUGUGAUGUACUUAUCAGGAAACAAAUUAUCAGGACCGAUCCCCUCUACUUUUGGCAACCUCACUCAAUUGAACGAGCUUUAUAUGCAAGAAAACGAACUUAGCGGCAGCAUCCCUGCAAGCUUUGGAAAUUGCAGAAAUUUGGAACUAUUAAACCUUUCCCACAAUGCUCUCAUUGGAAGCAUACCAAGGGAACUCGUAGGCAUCUCCCUCCUUGCACAAUAUCUGGACCUAUCACAUAAUUAUCUCACCGGGCCCAUGCCAAUGGAAGUAGACAACUUGGUUAACCUUGGUCGUUUAGAUGUCUCCGAGAACCGAUUGUCCGGUGGCAUCCCUUCCACCUUAGGUGCUUGCCAGCUCUUGGAACACCUAUACAUGCAAGGCAACUUUUUUGAAGGCAGCAUUCCUCAAGGACUUGAAUCUUUGAAAGGCAUGGUGGACUUGGAUCUUUCUCAAAACAACAUGUCCGGGCCAAUUCCAGAUUUCUUCAGGUCCCUUCGUUCUCUGCAGUAUCUUAAUCUUUCAUUCAAUGAUCUUGAGGGCGAAGUCCCAAAGGGUGGUAUUUUCGAUAAUGCCACCGAAAUUUCUGUCCUCGGGAAUAGGAGGCUUGGUGGGGGUGAUCCAGCUUUGCAGCUGCCGCCUUGCCAUGUCAAAGGCUCAAAGAGAACGUUCCUCAAGGUUGCAAUACCAGUUGCAGGUGCCACUAUAGUCCUUGUACUGUGUUUGCUGGCCAUUCGUUGUCGACCAAGGAAGGCAGGUGAAAAAUCUCUCUGUGUCUCCAAUAUAGGGGACAAGUACAAGAAAUUAUCUUAUGCGGACAUCCACAGAGCAACUAAUGGCUUCUCGUCAGGCAACUUGGUUGGCACCGGAAGUUUUGGUUCCGUGUAUAAAGGAAAAAUCGAUCUUGAAGAGAAGGACAUCAUCGUGAAGGUAUUCAACCUCCAUCAAAUUGGCGCGCUAAAGAGUUUCAGCGCCGAAUGCGAAGCCUUAAGAAACAUGCGCCACAGGAAUCUUGUUAAGAUUAUUACUUCGUGCUCGACUAUUGAUUCAAGAGGUAAUGACUUUAAAGCUCUAGUCUUUGAAUACAUGCCUAAUGGGAGCCUAGAAGAGUGGUUGCAUCCAAAAGCUCCCGAACAUGACCAGGCAAAGAAGCUGAACCUUACUCAAAGGUUAAACAUAGUCAUCGAUGUGGCUUCUGGUUUGAACUAUUUACAUCACGGCAAUGCAGUGCCCGUUGUUCAUUGUGAUCUUAAGCCAAGCAAUAUUCUUCUUGACAAUGAUAUGACUGCCCAUGUGGGUGAUUUUGGCUUAGCAAGGUUUCUCUCGACUUCCAGCUCUGCAACAUCUAAGAAUUCAACAAGUUGGAUGGGGAUAAAAGGAUCCAUCGGAUAUGUCGCACCAGAAUAUGCGAUGGGCAGCAAAAUCUCUACACAGGGAGACGUAUAUAGCUACGGAAUACUCUUGCUAGAGAUUCUUACGGGAAAGAAACCUAUAGACGACAUGUUCAAGGAUGGUUUAAAUCUUCAUAAAUUUGUCAGCACGGCUUUUCCAGAAGGAAUCAUGGAGAUUUUGGAUCCCCAGAUCCUUCAAGAAGAAUGCGAAGAAGCUAAUAACAACAGUAGAAAUGAAAAUACUGCCAGGAUGAGAACGAGGAGAUGCAUUACUUCGUUACUUGGAAUUGGACUUUCGUGCUCGAAAGAAUCGCCCAAAGAACGAAUGGACAUGCGAGAUGUUGCCAAUAAACUCAAGGUAGUUAAAGACAAGUUAUCAGUGGUCGAAAUCUUUGAAGAGGGGGCAAAUCUGCCUCAUAACGAGUAGAAAGUUCAGUUAUAUAUGUAUUUCUACUUUUCUAGUUUGUUUAUGUAAGAAGCGAGCUUGAUGUAACCUUAUGCUUUUUCUUCCCUUUUUUUCUUAAUAAGGGUGGCCUAUCAAUAGAUUAUGUACUUAAGCGAGCAAGCAUAGAUUGGGAAUAAUUUAAA